UUUUUAAAAUCCUGAUUCAUGUUUAAUGUUACUGCCAUGAUUAAACGAAUUUUUAAAGAAGUACCGUUUAAAUAAAAGGCCUUAUUCUGUAUUGAAAGAUCAAUGUGUAUGUAUAGUUAUGGACAAGAAGACAUUUGCCUCAUUAAAGAGUCUUUGUAGCCCUCCAAAAGUUGUUGUAGAUGUCAUGAAGGCGUUUCUUUUACUCGUGUACCAAUCGGAGGAUGUAAAAGACUGGAAAAGUUGUCAGAAGAAAAUGGCGGACCCAAAUCUAAUGACUAAAAUGGAGCACUUUGAUCCCCUGUACUGUACUGAAUCAAUUGCUCAGAAAGCUGAUGAUUUGAUCGCAAAGGAAACUGUGGAUACGGUCAGAAACUACAGCUUAGAUGCUGGUCAAGUUUACAAAUGGACCAAAGCCAUGAUUGACCAGGUUAAAUCAAGUGGUGGACUCAAGGCGUAAAACCUGCUGCACACACCUGGAAGACUGGAGAUUGGCGUGAUGGAAAUCUUCUUAAUUCCGACCAUGUACUCAGUGUUUAUCAAUAUCCCACCUUUAGCCAUCUACAUGGAUCUAUAUAUAAUUUUGUAUUUAGACAUAUUUAUUUGUUAAAAAAAAUGUCAUGCAAUCCGAUGAAUUACUGAGAAAAAAAAUGUUACCCCCCCCCCAAAAAAAAAACAAAAAAUAAAAAAAGGAUGUGUAGAAUUUAAAAAAAAAAAGGAAAAAAUUAUUAGAAAUCAAUUGUACAGAACAGGGCACGGACCAUGAAAUACAUACCGAUGCAUUGGUUUUUAAUUCUGAUAUUAAGAAAA